CGUGGUGUGAAGAUGGCGGCGAGCAGCAACUCGAUUGUGUCUUUGAAAGAAAUUCCUUUUAGUCAGCGUACAGUUCAAGAUAAAUUGGUAACGAAACAGUUAGGACCCCCGAGACCAAAUUUAGCAAUUAAACAGCUGUUUUCAAAGGCGGGUAAAUCCUACACCCGCGGCUUUUCAAAGAGGUGGUAUGAAAGAAAGCGGUGGCUCGCGGGCUGUGACGUGGCCGACGCGGUGUUCUGCUUCCCCUGCCUCCUGUUCCAUCCUGAAGGCGGCGCUGCAGACAGCGCAGCGUGGACAACAACUGGAGUGACGGACGUGAUGAAUCUGUCAGCAAAAAUCAAGAAACAUGAGCAGUCGAAGCUCCACAUGCACAGCUGUCUGCAGUUCUCUGCUUUUGGGAGGGUGGAUGUUACCGCUCAGCUGCCAGUGCGCCACCAGCAGGAUGAGGGUCACACACCGAUGAGGGCACCAUCGCAGCAAGAACCAAGGCCGAAUUCUGUCAGAUCUCUACUUCAAAAUCCAUUUAACAGAAGAACUUUGGAAGAGCAAUUACAAAUAAAAUUGCUCGGCCCAGACCAGCCUUGCAUCAGCAUCACCCAGAAGGACCACCGGGCUAAAAGACCCUUUAACAGAGUCUUCUCUCCUAACUGGUACAGCAAAAAGACCUGGCUCACAGGAUGCACUCAGACCAAUGCCUUAUUUUGCUUCCCAUGUUUACUUUUUCCAACAGCGGGGACAGAGAACGCGUGGACUGGCGCAGGAGUACGAGAUCUGAGACAUUUGUCAGAGAGAAUACAGUCACAUGAGUGCGCCAAGACGCACAUGGUGAAUACCGUUAAGCUAGCCCUCCUCGGCAGCACAGAUGUAGCCAGGCAGCUGGAUGACCACCACAGGACUUUUCUCAAGAAACACAACCAAGAGGUGGAUAGGAACCAGUACAUUCUGUCAAAGGUAAUCGACUGUAUUAAAUUCUGCGGGGCCUUUGAGCUGCCCUUGUCCAGCCAGGGCGAGACCUCAGGCGGCACGUGUGUCUUCAGGGGCUUGGUGGAUUUCCUCGCGUCAUUUGACAGCGUGUUGGAGGAGCACUUGAACACAGCAGCAGUUUUCAAAGACAUCACAAAGAACGUGCAGAAGGAGCUUCUGGACUGCAUGCUGUCCGUUCUUCAAGACCACAUUCUGGAGGAAGUGAAAACUGCCAGCUAUCUUGCUAUUCAGGUGGUUGAGGCCGCUGGCGUUUACACCCACUGCCAGUCGGCGCUUGUGCUGCGGUACAUCGACACCAGCAACCACGUCCAAGAGCGUUUCUUCGAGUUCAUCAAUCUUGAGAAUGCGACCACUGACGCAGCGGCCGCAGUGCUGUUGGAGAGGUUAAGCAAAAUCCUCCCCAAGGGACAAGAGAGCAAGCUGAUCGCCCAAGCCUAUGAUUGGGUGGCUGUGAUGAGGGGAGCCACAGGAGGAGUGCACCGUAAAGUAAAAGAUGUCUACAGAUGCGCACACUAUGUCCACAGUUAUGCACAUCAGUUGAACCUCAUCCUGCAGCAGGCAACGUCACACCUCUUUGGAACCCGGGUCUUUUUUUCAAAUCUUGCUGGAUUUGAUGAAUUCUUCUCCCUGUUGUUGAAGCGAACGACGGUGCUCAAUCAGGCGUUGGCACGCACACUUCCUGAUGCUUCAAUACUGAGGUGGAAGUUCCACAGUGCCAGUUCCGUGUAUGACCACAGAGAAGACCUCCUAAGGUGUUUCCAGAGCAUCAGAGACUCUGGUGACUUUGAUGCUGCGACGGUCAGAGAGGCCGGGAGCCUGAUGAGGAUCCUCAGAGAUGAAGAUUUCUGCUUUUUCUUGGUGCUGUUUCACAAGAUCAUGCCACACGUGGGCCUGCUGUCUACACAGCUGCAUAAGAAGAACAUUGACUCCAUUGACAUAAAAAUGUUCAUCCAGCAGUUCACUGACAACAUGCGAAGACUCAGUGGAUUUGUGCAAGAGACAGGAGAACAAGAACAGCCACACGGUCAGUCUAUACAGGAGACAGAAGGACAACAGGAGACAGAAGGACAACAAGAACAGCCACACGGUCAGUCUAUACAGGAGACAGAAGGACAACAAGAACAGCCACACGGUCAGUCUAUACAGGAGACAGAAGGACAACAAGAACAGCCACACGGUCAGUCUAUACAGGAGACAGAAGGACAACAAGAACAGCCACACGGUCAGUCUAUACAGGAGACAGAAGGACAACAAGAACAGCCACACGGUCAGUCUAUACAGGAGACAGAAGGACAACAAGAACAGCCCACAGUCAAACUGAAGACGGAACAAGAAGAGCCACCAUGCAGUGGAUCGGUGCAUCAGCCCAAAGAAGAACUGAAGACGGAACAAGAAGAGCCACCAUGCAGUGGAUCGGUGCAUCAGCCCAAAGAAGAACUGAAGACGGAACAAGAAGAGCCACCAUGCAGUGGAUCGGUGCAUCAGCCCAAAGAAGAACUGAAGACGGAACAAGAAGAGCCACCAUGCAAUGGACCCUUGCCGCAGCCCAAGGAAGAAUUGAAGAUGGAAGAGCAGCCAUAUGGUGAGUUUGUGCAGGAGAGAGCAGUACAAGAGCAGUUCACAGAAAAACUGAAGAAAGAACAAGAAGCACAUCUACAUAUCAGAUCUGUGCAGGAGCAAUGCAAAGAAAAACUGAAGAAAGAAGAAGAAGAAGAAAUCCAAUAUGGUGAAUUUAUGCAGCAGCCACCAACAAAAAGACUGAAGACCAAACAAGAAGAGCAGUCAAACGGUGGAUCUGUGCAGGAGACGAGACAAGGACACCAGACAAACGGUGGAUCUUGGCAGGAGACAUCGGGACAAGAAGAGCAGACAAACGGUGGAUCUGAGCAGGAGACAACGGGACAAGAAGAGCAGACAAACGGUGGAUCUGAGCAGGAGACAACGGGACAAGAAGAGCAGACAAAUGGUGGAUCUGGGCAGGAGACAACGGGACAAGAAGAGCAGACAAACUGUGGAUCUGUGCAGCGGCAGCCUGCAAAAAAACGGAUGAUAAAAGGACAAGAAGAGAAGCAGCGUUUGGAAGUAGAGGUAUGUCAUUCAGUUUUGAGUCAUGUCAAGGAGCGUUUCUCUUUCUCCAAACACCUCCUCAGUGCCACCCUGUUCCAAGGAGACUUGUUCCCAUGCCACAGAAUGAAGUUCCCGCAGUCGGCACUGCAAUCCUCCGUGGAGGCCUAUCCCAUGCUCAACAAGUCCAAGCUCAAAACAGAGCUGUCCCUCAUCUACGGAAACGAGAAUUUCAAAGCGUGCACCUCUGCGCUCACUCUCUUUCACUUCUUCAUGGACAACAACCUUCAGAGCACCUUCACCGAGACUGUGGCUCUCCUCAGGCUCCUCAUCACCACACCCAUGACCACGACGGAGUCGGAGAGGUGCUUCUCUACGUCAAGGAGGAUCAAGGCCUUUGUGAGGAACACCGAGCCUGAGGAGCACAUCAGCGCUCUGGCUAUGCUCUCCGUCGAGAAGGACCUGAUCAAAAACAUACCUGACUUCAACACGAGGGUCAUGGAGAGGUUCUCCAAUCAGACGCACAGGAGAGCAAAUUUCCUCCACACGUAA